CGCAGCUAGAGCGACGUCGUUUUCAUACGGUUAUCGACCACAGCAUAGAUGAUCGGAGUUUCUCGCGAUUCAUGAGGUCACUUUUAAUAACCAAGGAACUUCCCGGUGCAUCGACAACGGAAGCUGACAGCGACAUUUCGAGUCGCGACAUCCUGUGUAGCAACGGCGGAUGUUUGUUUGGCGCUAGAUAUUUGUUGCGCAAUGAAUCUUGGUGUGGGUGGUGAAUCCUGAAGGGUCGCCGAAAAAGGAGCCAUGGCGUAGCAUGCUGCCAACAAAGAAAUUCCGCCUGCGACGGUUGCUCAUCACUGCAAUCGGCCUCAGCUGCGGAACUUUACUCUUCAUUGGACUUCGGGACCCGUCAUCACCCUAUACAGCACCUGGUGGUCGAGAAGACAACGUCCUGGAACCCAAAGAUGUCCCUGAAAGCCAUGAACCUCAAGCGCUACCGCGCUUUGAAGCCGUUACGGCAGCACCAAGUCCUGCCGACGAGAUCGUCCAGCCAGGUAAUGGCAAGCCUUGGUUCAUGAAACAAGGCACCCUUCGACCGUCACCGGGCCAUGCACAAAGGUUGUGGCCGCAUCAGGUGCCGUCGGGAGAUCGUAUCGUGGACCAACUCAUGUACAUGCCUCAAGGCUACGCACGAAAUGCCACCAAGCUCAAGAAGAUCGUCCUCAUGUACGGCCUCAGCGGAUGGGGAGACUUGCCGAAAGGUCGAUCUAUAUUUCUCCGCGACAAAUGUCCCGUGGACACGUGUGAGAUCCUGACGUCGCAAGACGAAAGUCCGGAUGCGGACGCCAUUUUGUUCAAGGACAGGUUUACACCCCCAAAGCACAGGCGAAACCCAAAUCAAGUGUGGAUGCUGUAUUUGCUGGAGUGCCCUUAUCACACACAGGGCUUUAAAGGGCUGAAGAAUAUAUUCAACUGGACAGCUACUUACAGACACGAUUCAGACAUCGUAGCUCCGUACGAGAAGUUUGUAUCCUUCGAACCCUGGCUCGGCAGGGAUGACCGUCCUCCCGUUCCCGUCUCCUCCCGAAACAAGACGAAGAAAGUGGCCUGGUUCGUGUCCAACUGUGCCGCACGCAAUCAACGUCUUCAGUACGCCAGGGAGCUGUCAGCCUACAUCGACGUCCACAUCUACGGCCAGUGUGGACCUUUCAAGUGUCCCAGGUCUCGAGCCGGACGAUGCUUCGACUUGCUCGAUCGGGACUACAAGUUCUACCUGGCUUUUGAAAAUUCAAACUGCAAGGAUUACAUCACGGAGAAGUUCUUUGUUAACGGGCUCGGGCACGACGUAUUGCCGAUCGCGAUGGGCGCACAAAUCGACGACUACCGGCGAUCUUCCCCGAACCGCUCUUUCAUCCACGUGGAAACAUUUCCUUCUCCUCGGGAAUUGGCAGACUUCUUACACCUUCUAGAUCGCAACGACACCCUCUACAACGAGUACUUUCGGUGGAAAGGCACGGGAGAGUUCGUCAACACCUACUUCUGGUGCCGCGUGUGCGCCAUGUUGCACGCCCCACCGGUACACAAGGUGUAUCCGGACAUCCAUGCCUGGUGGAGUGGUCCUGGAACUUGCAACACCCGAACCUGGAAAGCCAUCAAGAGAAAACAUCAGGCUUCCAUAGGUUAUGUGUUCACGUGACGUAUAAGUAUACAGCUAUAGGGUUAACUUA